UGGCAGCUGUUUCCAGCUACAUCCUAUCAGUAAUCGUAAAAGCAGACUGGUAACAAUGGGAAUAAAAAUAUGCUUCUUUUCCUAAGGAAUGAUUGAUUUUUUCAUGUGUUUUCUUUUCCAGCAGACAUAUUCUAUUUGUGUUCCAGCUGUUAUUUGCAUAACACUGCUGCUCUAAACCACUGAAUCUACUUUGUUGUCACAACAGUCCUGUUUUAAAUAAGUGUCACAACACAUUGGAUUUUAGCUGAUAAACCAGCCAUGAAACUGCUGCUAUUUCACGUUUUUAUGAAGAUCACUGUGCUGCUAGUUAAUGGUUUUUUUGAGACUUUGAUUUAGAUGCUGACUCCUGAAGGUAGAUCAUUUUAAGUUGGAAUUUUGAAAGUGAAUGCCAUAGUUGAGGAAACUUGAAGUUCACUGUUGUCUUCCUUUUUUUCAAAUUGCUUUUGAAAACUGCUCGAAUCUGUUCCUUGGUGCAAAUCCCCGCAGUUAAAGAGGAUUUUAUUUCCUUGAACAGGUGAAUUCCAGGCAGGGAGGAUCUCCGUGCAGUGAGAAGCAGGUGGUUCUGCUCAGCCCCCUGGGCAGGAUCGAGAUCUCAGGCUGUGAGACGGGCGUCCAUGAAAUAAAACUUCCCAAAAUGCGCCUGCUGCCAAGUGGUAAUCUGGAUGGCACAUAUUGUAUGUGAAAGGAAUGAGCAGCAGGUUCCUCCUACGGCACCUCUUCAGGGCAGAGUCCUCGGUGGCCUGCGAGGUGUGCGAGGGGGCCGAGGAGAUGCCGGAGCCCCUGCAGCAGUGCACGGCCUGGCUCCGAGCCUACUUCUGUGAGCCAGCCACCACAGGGACCCUGCCCGUGCCUGCCUUCCACCACCCCCUGCUCCAGAGAGAUUCCUUCACCAGGCAGGUGCUGUGGACCCUGCUGAACGAUGUCAAGUUUGGGGAGGCUGUUUCCUACAAGCAGCUGGCAGAGCUUGCUGGCAACAGCCGGGCAGCCCGAGCCGUCGGAGGAGCCAUGAGGAGCAACCCGAUCCCCAUCCUCAUCCCGUGCCACAGGGUGAUCCGCAGCAGCGGGGACAGCGGCAGCUACGGCGGGGGACACCUGAUGAAGGAGUGGCUGCUGUCCCACGAGAAGCUGCAGAAGGAGAAGCUGGCGCGCGCGGCUCCUCGGCCUGUAACGAGCUCUCAGAGCGCCCCGCAGAACCCGGGGAAAUGGGUUCUCUGCGAGUACGAGCCACCAGAAGCUGAAAUUUCCAGUAUGGGAAUCGUAAAUUGUAACAUGGAAAUACUGAUUUUUUUAUGUGUUUUAUCAUAUUUUCAUGGGUGUCUCUUUAGAAAGGCCAUUGCUGCCCCCCAAAAAAUUAUUGUGUGGCAAUGCUUUAGUUAAUCCAGGAUUAUUGAUACCUCGGAAUUACUUCAAUAAAAAAACUGCUUUGCAUGUG